GUAAUGCUUUGUUUUUUUGAAAUUAGGGGCGGCUGUCUUUUCGAGUAGAGGCUGGUUUGACUGCAGUAGGAGAUGCUACUUGUUAACAGAGGGUUGAAGAUCUAGAAAGGUGCAAUGAAGAAAUGAGAUUUAACAAUUUAACAAGGGUCGACAUAGUUAUUGAAUGCGCCUCAAGACGUGGCCUCCCCUCCAUUGACCGCAUGUCCCUCCUGAACGAGGAAACUGUCAUGGAACCUCAAGGCGUCGUGGAAUAUUUGACAGAGGUCGAGGAGGCAGCUGAAGAUGUCCUGACAACGAAACAACAGAUAAUUGACCUGGACAUGAAGAGAAACGGGAACAGAGAAGCACUAAAUGCACUUAAGAGUGGUAUCUGUUCAGAAAAGGUGAAGAUUUUCUUUGGAAAUAUGUUCAUCAAAUUCCCCAAGUCCCAGGCAACACAAAUGAUUCAAAAAGACCAGGAACAGCUGGACAGUGAAAUAAAUCACCUCCGCAAAGGACUGAAAGCAAAAGUCAAUCAUCUAAAUGAGAAACAAGGAAAGCCUGAACUGCGCGGCUACAAUCUUUUGCCACUGUCCACUAAUGAAAUGAAAGCCAUUAAGAGUGUUUAAAACGCUGACAUCAGAUCUGACAUAGCCCAUUACAUUAUCCAGAUUUCAUGUAUAUAGUGCUGUCCUGCUUAUGACUGAAUUCUCAAAUAAGGCUUUUCGCUGCUUCUGUUGAUCCAGUAGUGUUGUUUAAUCAUGAUGCAGUGAUGUUGUGGCUAAUAUUUUCUUUAUUACUGUAAUAAACUCUGAGAAACGGCAAA